UGGUCUUUUCCUUCUUACGCCUACGUGCAGCGGAAGUGAGUAAAGAGCUCAACAUGGGGACUCGUUUGAAGGUCCUAAACGUGUUCAAAUCGCUGCACAGAACGAGGAUGGCUGUGUUCAGGGAUGAUGAAAGGGCACUGACUGCUGCAAGAGUAAAGAUCAAUGAGGAGUUCCGGAAAAACAAAGAUGAGACAUCAGAAGAAAACAUUCAGAAGAUGAUUAAGAUGGGCUCAGAUGUGGAAACUGUUCUUCGACAGGCCGUUCUACAAAUGGAACAUGUUGAAGAAAACAAGCUCUUGCUUCGACCCAGAGAGAGCCUCCUGCUGGAAAAUGUACCGUAUUGUGAUGAACCACGGAAAAAGACAUGACAGAUUGUGUGAUAAAGAGACUAUCAACCAUAAUCUUGCUUUGCAGUUUAAUGGAUUUUUCUGAACACCAUUUCAAGUGGUUCAUGACCUCCACAGCAAACAUAUUUGAAAGAUCAUCAGUUCAUGAACAAAAGACUGCUUGUGAUUCAACACGGAUCUCCAUUCUCCUUCAAGAAGCCUAUACUGUAAACAUGCCAUAAUUUCAUUUACAGUACUUCAUUAUAUUAUAAAUAUAUGUGUGUGUGUGUGUGUGUGUAUAUAUAUAUAUAUAUAUAUAUAUAUAUUAGUGUAUGGUCCAUUGAUUUUUUUUUUGUAGCUUACAUUUCUAAACCAACUGGUGUAAGUUUGUUUAUUUGCUGAAAAAUUAAAAUUAAUGAUUGGACCAUGACUCUUUAAAGGUCUGAUAAAAUGGAUGACAGCAUCUUCUUUAAAAAGCACUGAUUGUAUUUCAUUGGACUGUCAGUAAUAAAGUUGUGAUCUUUUGGAAGGUUAAAAGGCAGAGAUUUUAUAUUUUAAAAAAAUAUAUCAACUGAAUUUUGCUUAAGGGAGUUAUUACAGAGGUGACAUGCUCAUUGAAUGCACUACAUUUCCUGUAAUGUGCAGAAAGAUGGAACUGAAAAAAUAAAGAAGCAACGUUACUCUAUUGAUUUAACAGUGAGCUAUAGUAAAAUAGAAAUACAAAGUAUUAUUAAGAGUAGAAUGAAGAAAAGAUGUCAAAAGCAAUAAGACGAGAAAAGGACAACAGCUUUAUAGAAUUCAAAGGAAAAUUGUUUGGGUGAACUGGAAGAAACAAAAUAUAAAAGAAUAAGAUGCGUAAAAAUGGCUUAGGCAUAUCUGAAUUUUCCAAUCAAGAAUAAAUGACAUUUUUUGAUCAAAUGGAAGAAAUACCAACCAAUGGAUAAAGAUUAACAAACAGAGGACAAAGGUGCAGUUUGAAGUUGCAGACAUUUAAUUAAACAGUUUAGGAGAUGUAUAUUAUAAAAUUAUAUUUCGUUAUCUGGCAGUAUGUCGUCUGAUUAA